GCGUCACACCGUAAAAGGUCUGCCUGGGAAAAAAACACGGUGAGGUGAAAUGUGAAACAAAACACUGCGUCAGAGUUAAUUUUUAAUACCUAAACGUUACGCGAUCGGGCUGCCAAUCCAGUGACCACAGUUCAUAGACUGAAUUCAACAUUUGUAAGUUUGGACCCACUGGAUAUUUUCAAGGAGACCUCAGGACAAUUUCCAGGCAUCCACUGGAUAUUUUUAACCUGCCAUGUGACAACCAAAAAAGGUUGUAACCACAGAAGCAGAUGGAGGAUGUGAGUCCAACCUGUUGAUGGAGGUAUAGAUGGAGGCUUCCAGUGGACCUCCUUCUCUGUGGCGGACUCCUCCUGUGAGGCAGUGCAGGGACUCACACACCUCUGAUGGCAGAGCAGGGCAGGCGGACCGUGCCAGAGGAGAAAUCACCUGUUUGGGAAAUCUAGAGCAGGGGAGGAUACAUAGAAAGAAAGGGAGGAGGAGCAGCAGAGUCUUUGCAGAGCUGAGGUCUCGCCCCUCUCUCUCUCUCUCUCUCUCUCUCUCUCUCUCUCUCUCUCUCUCUCUCUCUCUCUCUCAUAUGCACACAGACACACACACACUCUCUCCCAUCGCCUCUUCCUUCUUCCCUCCCUGUUCGUCUGCGAUGCUGGUGUGGUGAACAGCAGGACACUCUCGGCUGAGCUGCAUGGAGGCACAGGGAGGGGCAGGGAGCCCAGAGCCCAAUAAAGACAUCCAGAAGCUUCUGAAGCCCUCCAGCUCAGGUGACCUAUCCAAGGAGUUGUUCCACCACCCAGCGGGGGAGGAGGAGGAGGAGGGCGGCCUGUCCGGGCACACCGCUAGUCUGCUGCACAUCACGGAGAAGAGACAACCACUGAGUAGUGUUUCUUCUUUGGAGGUGCACUUUGACCUCCUGGAUCUGACUGAGCUGACUGACAUGUCGGACCAGGAGCUGGCUGAAGUUUUCGCUGACUCUGAUGAGGAGAACCACAACGAGUCCCCAGCAGGUUCCCACCAGCCCAUGCUGCCCAGGGGUGGCUACAUGCGCUCCCCCUCGUGGACGCGCUGCAGCAGAGUCGAGCCCCCGCGCGAGAGAAAGCAUCACAGUGACUCGGACACCCCGGAGCCCUUAAUGAAACUGGAGAGACCGAAGCAGCCGUGAUAUCUGGUGCGAAACGGCCAGACUGCAGAGAGAGAGAGAAAGCCCAGAGGCAGACAGACGCAGCCAGAGUGUGAGCACAUCGCGGACCGAGAGGCCCCCUCAUCUGCCACUGUGCACUCACGUAACGUCUCAUGGUGCUGAACAGUUCAGGUUGAACUCUGGACAACGUGCUCUGUGCUCUGACAUACGAUGCUGAGAUGUGCAAUAUACACACUCUCUCCUUUCUCUCUUCCUUUCCUCUGUUUCUUUCUCACACACAAACACACACAGUCAUUGUGUCUUUCAUGCGAGGGGUUCUUAAUGAGCACCCUGUGCUGCCAGAUGAUUUUUAAGCUUUGUUUUUGAGUGACAGACAGGGUAUGACAUCAGCAGAAAUAUAACAGCAACUCCAUCCUUACAGCCUCUCAGGGUGGGGACGGCCUGGACAGCGAGAUUUGUUUUACACUGUGUCCACAGCAUGUGGCCAGACCUUCAGUUUGAAGUUCAGACUCUGGGAUUCACAUUGAAAUACCAGGAUUUGACACAUAAAUGCCACGCUGAGGCUGUUUUUUUGGCUUGAAAAUGUGACAGGGUUUGUUUUUUUUGUUGUUGUUGUAUUUGUUGCCUGCAAUUAAGGCAGGUUGAUCAGUGGAAGUGGAUGUGAGUGAAGCCACACUCUUCAUAUCCAUCACACCCUCUACAUUUUCAUGACGAAUGUGUUGUUAUUAUAAUUUUAAAUUUGAAAUGAAAGUUUGCACUUGCCUCACUGAAUUGUAUUUACGGUGCCCCCCAGAAUUAUUGGCAUUUGGUGACGAUGACAUAAAAGAUAAACAGACCAAGUAGCGAGCUAUAUGCAAGACACUUUUCCAUACCCAGAUACUUCUUCUUCACAAUUUGUUCAGACAAUUGUUUUCCAAAUAUCAUUUUUUAUAAAUGAUGGCUGCCGGAGUUGCUGCUCCUCAGGCGACUGGAGUUGGUACUUCAAAGCUGGAGAAUACUUGAAGCAGUUAGAAAAUCAAGGUAGCAUUGCACCAGAGUCAAGUGGACUUCACAAAAGCUUUGCAUGAAUGCCAAAAAUACAACAAAGUGCCAACGAUUUUGUAGUCACCUUUUGAAGGGUAAAUCUAACUUAUGAUGCAAUAUUUCACAUCUUUGUACGCAAAGGUUAUAGCUAAUUACUUGAUUUAUUUAUCUCACGUUUGGCUUGUCUAUACCAGGAGUGCCAAUAAUUCUGAAUGCUGUGACACGAUGGAUCAAAAGUGACACUGGGAUAAUAGAGGAACAAUAAAAGUCUUGAAAAAAGUA